AUGUCAGGAGACAAGAUAUUCGCUGGGAAGACGUUUGUUUUGUAUGGCUUUGAUGAAGAAGGGAUCCCGGCCCUGACAGCGUAUAUCAAGGAGGGCGGAGGUGUGGUGCUACAAACAUCAGACAGGCAUAUCCCUGACUAUGCCAUUGUGCCGAUGGACGGUUUUCCUGUAGACUGGACUGUGAUCAACAUCGUGACUAACACCUGGAUGCAAAUGUGCAUGGAGCAGAAUGCCUUGCUGGAUGUGGACAGCAACCCUCUGUUUACACCAAUAGAGAUCAACAUGGAGGGAGCUCCACUGAAGGACUGUGUACUCUCAAUCAGUGGUUACAGUGGCACAGAGAGGGACAUUCUUAUAAGCAUAGCCGAGGUGCUGGGAGCUACAUGCCAGGAUUAUUUUGUGCGCACUGCAAAGAACAACCUGUUACCCAGUACCCACCUUGUGGUAAAUGCGGCUGAAGGCUCAAAAUAUGAGGCUGCGAAGAAAUGGGGAAUACCAGCCCUCUCCAAACUUUGGAUUUUGUCCUGUGCUCGACAGGGUAAAAAAGUUCCAGAGGACAAGUACUUGAUUGAAAUUGUCUCCAAUGACAACCUGAUGUCUCAGGUAACCACGGUGGAAAACCAAAAUGGCUCAGUUUUGGAAAAUAGAUCUGCUAGGGUUUCUGUUAGGGAAGCCAACCCAUCUGAGAUUGGCCAACAAAACAUUAUAGUAGACUCAAAAGAAGCUGAUGGAGCCCAUGUGAACAAAAGUAACGGGAAAAUAACUGAUGCAGCAUCAAAUUCUGGUGGAAGUAACGAAGAUGCGGAGCUUAAAGGAGAGAAAAAUAUUGGUGCUAAACUUAGGCAGGGAAAUAAAGAGAAGGUUUCAGCGGUAGGCGAUCACGGAUUUUCUCAGACAGAUGGGGAUUUCAUGGAGAACAACGACUCAGAUGCCAUGCUACUGCAACUUGAAUCUCAGGAAAAUUACCAGCCAGUCAUUCCAGUUGUUGAAACAGAAUUGAAGACUACUGCAAAGGACCGGGAAGUAAAACCGGCCUCGACUUCUGUCGCAAAUAACAGGGAUAUUAAGGUCAAGGAUGUGCCUAGGAAUACUGACGUUGCUGAAGCACCAGUGGUGAACACAAAAGAUGGUAAAGCUUUGAAUAAGAAUCUUCUUCCUGCAACCAAACAAGUUGCACCUGCAGAAACUCCCCCUUUUGAGAGAUUGAAAAGGAGAUGGGACAAGAACCCCCCUCUUACCGGUACCCCUGUCCUAACUAAGCAGUCUGCUAAAGACAAGCUGAAGGAGAUGCCGGCCAGGAAGCACAAUUGGAGAUAUGACGACUGGGUGGCAAAGAAUGACUGGACGGCAAAGAACGGCAGUAGUCAGAAAGAGAACGUGGGGCUGGCCACCUCAACGCCGGUGCAAUCUAGGGUGAAGGAACUGAAGAGGCAAGAUGGAAAGAAAGUGGACAUAGACACGCCAAGCAAGUUCCUCAACCCGAAUGUGAGAUACAUUCCCAAGUUUGAGACCGAGGAGUUUCUCGCAUCACUGCAAACCCCAGAGGAUGUGAGAGCUGCAAGGGCCAAAAGAAAGCCCAGUCUGAACGACAGUGAGCUGUUCGAGCUGAUGAGAGCCAAGAUGGAGGUGACCAUCGAACAGAGGAGACAGGAGCGCGAGAGUGCUGUCGCCUCAUCCCAGCGACAAAACGACGAAGUGGACGGAGAUUACGAGGAUGUCCCAACUGCGCUGCAAGGCGUGGUGAUCACUGUUGCUAGACGACUGGCCAAGGACCAGGCAGAGUUUAAUGAGAUUGUCACGUGUCUGGGAGGGGAGUAUCGUUGGACCAUCGACAAUACUUGCACCCAUUUCAUCUUUCAGGUAUAGGGGUGCCUUCGAUAGUGUUAGACAAGCAAUCGGUGCUAAAAUUAUUCUUGAAAUUGUUCUCAAUGCUGAUUUAAACAUGAAGGGAUUUGGUGAACCCUUUAAGGAGGAGGGUGUUUUUGGUGAAGUCUUUAACUGGAUGGGGUGUUUUUGGUGUACCCUGUGUACUCUGUGAUGAGGUACGGUGUUCUCC